AUGGCGAAGAUCACCGACAACAAGUUGAAAGUAGCACAGUUGAAAAGGUCUGCCAACACGAAAAAAUCAAAGAUUAGUAUCUUAUAUUAUCAGAAUGUGUAUAAGUCUGGUAAAAAAUCUUUGGGUCGAAAAUCAAUUGCAAAAAAAUUGACAACUAAAAAGAAAAGUGCAUUAGAUAAAAAGGUCGUAGCAGAUUCCAAAAGAAUAGACGAUAACGCAAUUGAAGGAAUUAACAACGGCAAGAAAAUUAAUGAGACUUUGAUGCAAGACACGCGAGCAUCACCGUUGACGUAUGAGAUUAUUGAUGAGCAACAUACGUAUAAAGAGCCGAAACAACUUUACUUCGAGUCUAUUACCGAAUUAGAGGAGGUGGUAUUGCAAUUUUGUAUUAAAAUGAUCAAUCAAACUCAUCAGCAGAUCAUUCAGCUUAAAAUCGACCAGCUAAAGUCAAAUAUCGAUGAACCGGAGAGUCCGACUGAUGAGGUUGAGCUAAAUACAAUUAUCAACGAACAGCGGGAUCCAAAGGUUGGUGAGCCAGAUGUACAGACUGACGAGUCAAAGUUAAAAAUUGACGAGUUGGAACCACUGCAUGAUGAACCGGAGCAAAAUGAAAAAAUCAACGAGCAAAAUCUUCUAUACGACUCAUUUUCACUGAGUUCUCGAACCACUAUUACAGAUGCAAUGAAUGCUAAAAUGCAUGAGUAUUUAAAAACUGCAAAGAGCUGGUACGAGUAUUUCCAACAGGACCGUUUCGUAUUAGGUUAUUUGGGAUUCACAGUAGUGUGUAUUGGUAUAAACUACUACUUUUGUAGAGUGUAUUAA